AGAUUGACAAAAGAGAGAGUCCUUGUCAUUUUUAAUUCUUUUCCUUUUGAAUGUUGAUUUAAGGGAACUGGCCACAUCCUUAAAAAGGCAAAAAAUAUAUCCACAAUCUUCCUAAUCCCACCCAAAAUUUCCCUCUCUAAAGUUUGUUUUCAGAAGCUCCCCUUCAUCUGAUACUUCUCAAAUUUACUACAGUGGGCCAUACUUACUGGGCCGCCGACGCGUAAAUCUCUUUCCGCGUGGACCCACUUAUACUCCUUUUAAAGAUCAAACCCUCAAAUUCUCAAUUCUAUUAUCCUGAGCCACUAUCACUCAACGAUGUAUCGCCACACACACUAACACUUCUCAGAAAAUCUCAAAAGCCCAAAAAACCAAACCCUCUGUCUUCUCCCUUAUUCUCGCUCGAAUUUUGGCGGCGGCUAUGGAGAAUCAAAAAGUUAAGCUAAUGUGUAGCUAUGGCGGAAAAAUUCAGCUCCGCCCUCACGACCAUCAGCUCUCCUACGUCGGCGGCGACACCAAAAUCCUCACCGUUGAUCGGAACGUCAAGUUUGCCGACAUGGUUGCAAAGCUGAAUUCUCUGUGUAAUAUCAACGCAGAGAUUUGUAUAAAGUACCAGUUGCCUGGUGAAGAUCUCGAUGCACUUGUUUCCCUUGUUGAUGACGAUGAUGUGGAGCAGAUGAUGAUUGAAUACGAUCGCAUGCAGAAAGUUACCACAAAAACGGCUAGGUUAAGGCUCUUCCUUUUCUACCCAAUCCGGUUACCGGUAUCCCCUUCGACUCCGGAUUUUCUAUUCGGGUUCGAUAAGGAAUACAACCCGAACUCUAACCCGAACCCAAGUUUAACGACAACAGCGGAUCUUCUGCAAUUGCAAAUCUCAGGAAUAUCGGCGGCUCCAGAAAAUUCGGUUAUGGAUACACCAAAAAAUCAGGAAAGUGGUGGCGGCACAGUGGCAGUUCCGAAAAUUUCUGGAUCAGAGAUAGUACGUGACAGCAGUAGCUUGCUGGUGAAGAAUGUUCAAACACAACAAGGCUUCCGUGAAAGUCACGUGACAGGUGGGGCCUAUGGUAAUGCGGUGCAGAUGGUGUACGGGGUACCAAUGAUGAUGACUGGUGGGUAUCAUGCAACUGGGUUUGGACAGUUUGGUGUGCAGGGGUUAGUGGGUGGUGGCGGUCAAUAUAUGGACCAACCUGUCUACAAUUUCGUGCCAGCUACAGCAAUGACAUCGGUCAUGGUCCCACCUGAUCAGAAGAUGAUGGUGUCUACAGCUGAUACCCUUAGCCGUGAAAUCAAAAGUUGAUCAACGUCAUUUAUCCAAAUUGAGGUUUUCACAUAUCAUGUUUAUCCUUUUCUUUUUUCCUUUUUUUGGGUCAAUAUUUCUGAUUCUAAAAAGUACAUAGAGUAAAUAGCGACUGAUUACUGGUUUCAUUUUUUAUUUUUUCCCUUGUUAUUUACUACUAGUAAUAUGUUUACUCUUUUAUAUGUGUAAUGAUUUACUCUUUUUAUGGAGAAUAUGUUUUGGUCUAAGACUGGAAUUAUGGUCAUGAUUAGCUAAAAUUCCUUAACUUUCCCAUUAUGUGAGAUACUGUACAUUAUUAGCUGGCGUUCA